AUGAAUUUUACUCCGAUCUUGACAUUAUUGAAUGCGGAACUAAAUGUCACCGACAGAUUCGAGCUGCUGAUGCGGAAUCCUCGAUGAAAGCAGCGUGAAAAUGCUCCAGUGCAAGCUCAUGUUGACAGCCUCAGUUAUCAAAUGAUGCAAGUUAAUACCGGAGGUGGAUCGGAUCCUUCAUCCGCAAUGCCAUGUGGUGAUGCUCCAUCUGCUGCAGCUGACUAUGCACCGCGAAAAACGGCUGCGCCAUCAUAUAUGCCAAGUACAAUUCCAAAGGCACCGGCUCCGAUGAUACCAGCAGCUAUGACAACAUCGCAGGUUCACAUGAGACCUGUAAAAACCGAAAGAUCGCCGGUACGUAGAAGUGCCAGCACUGUUGGGGUUCCAUCUAUUGCUGCUUCGAUCCCUCAGGCACCUUGUUCGAGUAGUGGAUUAAGCGUACAGUACGAGGACGCACAAGCGAUACGAGCUGUGGCAUUUCAUCCGAGUGGACGUUUUUUCGCACUGGGAACCAAUUCGAAGCAAAUGCUUGUUUGUAAAUACCCUGAUCUAAGGAAGUUCAAGUAUGUUCACUGA